CAAUGCCUGCCAUCCUGAAGUGCCAGCUUACUUGGCUCUGUAUCUGAUACCAGCCCUGAUUCCUUCUGGGAUCUGGUUAAGUUGUAGAAAAUUACUCCCCGGUGGGGCAUGAAUGGGAAUUCUGAGCCCACCGCCCCCUGUCCCCAACCUUUGUUUGUGCCUGUGAUUUCUUUAAGGAAGUUACCCUCUCUCCCCGGCAUUCCUGAAGAGAAACAUCAGGAAAAUGCCCAGCCAUUGUGGGCAGAGAAUGGUUGAGGUACACAAAGCAGCCCCAAGUUGGAGUGACCUUGCACAUGGACCAAAGUCAAUGACUGCAAAAUUGAGGUGGGUUGUGGCUCUCAGGCCCCAGGUCCAGGCAUCCAAGGAGAAGGAAAGGCUUCCGAUACCAAACGUAGAGGAGGACUGGACCCCGGGGACCGAAUCCAGCCAACUUGGGAACAGAGAGUUCUGCCACCAGGACUUCUGGUGGUUCCGCUGCCCGGAAGCAUCCAGACCCUGGGAGGCUCUGAACCAACUCCGUGAGCUCUGCCAUCAGUGGCUGUUACCAGGGAAACACACGAAGGAACAGAUCCUGGAAUUGCUGGUGGAGCAAUUUCUGACCAUCCUGCCUGGAGAGAUCCAGACGUGGGUGUGGAUACAGCGACUGCAAAGUGAAAAGGAGGUGGUGACACUGGUGGAGGAUUUGCAGAACGAUUUAGAUGGACCGGAACAAUUAGUAAAGGAGGAAAAUUUCAGAUAGGUGAAGCUGAGGUUUCUGUAAUGUUUGGCAUGGCUAAGACAAGGUUACAUUGCCUCACUCAUCAGUUAAUCUAUGGCAUUUGUUGAGCACUUGGGGUGGGCAGAGCACUGUCCUAAGUGCUUGGGAGAGUACAAUACAACA